AUGACCCUGCGUCUCACCUCAGCUCCAGUCGCCGGUGUUAAGAAGCACAAGUCCACUCCCAAGCCUCGCAGUUCACCCUUUGCUGCUCAUGCCCGUCGCAAGCCAAGUUCGGCCGCAGCUAGCGCCGUGAAUGCGGCGGCCGAAGAUCUAGUCGACGAUGACCCUCUCCCCGAUAUAGGUGGAUCGCGUUUUAUAUCCGAGACUGCAGAGGUCCAGAAUGUGGUACAGGCGAUUCAGUCCAUUCGGACGAAAAUGUUCGAUGAACUCCCGCAGCGCGCGGGCAUGAAUAGUACUCGCAUUGCGGAGGUCUUGAAUUUGCGCCGGUCGCUGCCUCCCCUUGCCUCUGUCGCACACGUACAUACUCUACUUAAUGCGCCAACACAGGUGGAACGAGAGAUUGUUGAACUCGUGCAGACAGGCCGUGUUCGACGACUGAUCGUCCCUGGUCGUGGCAGUGAUGCCGCCGGAUUGGGUGACUGCUUGGUCUUGGCCGAGGACUGGGAGGACAUGGUUCGUGGGAGCGCUGUCUUGGAUGAUGAGCUCAAGGAGAAAUUCCUCGAUAUCCUCACGCGCAUCGGAUCCUCCUCUGCCCUGUCGCAAAGCGUCUUCACUCCCGACGAAUACCGAUCCUUAGUUCGUGCUGGAUUCCUCGUCUCGUCGUCAUCAUAUACACAAGCAUCUUUGAAUGUUGCAUCUCUUCCCAAUCUACCCCAGGCGGUAGUGUCUUCAGCCAGUCGGAGGGGCUCGGCCCAUCCUUCUGAUACCGACCGAGCCGUGCAGACAGAUGCCCAGGCUCGUGCAGCGACUCUAUUUUUGUCGUUGCCAAACACCGGGACCUACUUGCGGCUGCUUGGGGCUGGUCGUGCUCAUCUGCUCGCCCUACUCCGGCGGUCCACUUGCAAUGAAGCCCCAUUGCAAUUGCUCAAGGAUCGCUGGAACGGCGCCGUGGAAACCGAGAAGAGUUUCCACUUGGCUAAGCGAGCGCGGGGUGAGUUUGCGGGCAUUCUGCCGGGUCGAACGAAGAAAUGGAAGGAGUUGUAUGGCAUGCAGUUUCGCUGGGUGCUGGAGGAAGCACUAGGGGCAGGCCUAAUAGAAAUCUUUGAAACCGGCAGCGUGGGACCAGGCAUCCGAUGCCUGUAA